GUAUUCUGUUUCUCACUGCUCACGUGUGACAACGUUCAGAUGAUUGAAGUUUGCGCUGAAUCAACAACACCAAUGGACUUUAGACUGCGCGUGAAAUAACGCCGACUUACUCUUAACACUACUGUGCCUAUAACUGCUAAAAUGGGAAUAUUAUACAAAGACCUGAAUGCGAUUUCGAGAUAUCUGUUGUGCAAAUCUAGACAGUUUUCAGUCAAGUUAACUUGAUUAUAAAGAGCAUGUCAAUGUAAAGAGCUGACCUUCAAUGAACUGAGUCGUGUCGUUGUUUCUUUUUCGCAAGCUGCUUAAUCACUAAUAAUGUCUCUUGUGGAGUCUGACGAAAACACUCCGCUUCUCAGAGGCGAUAUUACAAGUGGUGGGGAUGCAGACAGAAGCCGCUGGAGGUCCAUCAGGGUCAUGUACUUCACCAUGUUCCUUAGCAGCGUUGGUUUUACGAUUGUCAUUACUUCCAUAUGGCCCUAUCUGAAGAAAAUUGAUGAAAGUGCAGAUGCCAGUUUCUUGGGAUGGGUGGUUGCUGCAUAUAGUUUGGGUCAGAUGGUGGCCUCACCCCUCUUUGGACUGUGGUCCAAUCACAGGCCUCGACGAGAGCCUCUAAUCUGCUCUAUAUUCAUCAAUGUCUCUGCUAACAUUUACUACGCCUAUGUCUACCUACCUCCCUCACACAAAACAAUUCACAUGCUUUUGGCUCGUACAUUUGUGGGCAUUGGAGCAGGUAAUGUAGCAGUUGUGAGGUCCUAUGUGGCUGGUGCCACUUCCCUGAAGGAAAGAACCAGUGCAAUGGCAAACAUGAGUGCCUGUCAAGCUCUCGGCUUCAUACUUGGCCCAGCCCUGCAGGCUGCUUUGUCAUUCAUUGGAGAGACUGGCGUCAGUGUGAAUGUCAUCCAGCUUCAGGUUAAUAUGUACACUGCUCCAGCGCUGUUGGCAGCCUGCUUGGGGAUCAUUAACAUUCUGCUGGUUAUAUUAGUCUUGAGGGAGCACUGUGUGGAUGACCAUGGAAAUCAUAUCCGUGCAAUUAACUACACCUCAGAAGAGCAAGUAGAUGUGGCUCCUGAGACAGAAGGUGAUAUUGACCAGAUCGCAGUGUUUGCAUCGAAUGUCCUUUUCUUUGUCAUUCUCUUCAUUUUUGCUGUGUUUGAAACUAUAUCUACUCCUCUAUCAAUGGACAUGUUUGCAUGGACAAGGAAAGAAGCUGUUUUGUACAAUGGUAUCAUAUUGGCUGCCAUUGGCUUUGAGUCCAUCCUCGUGUUUGUGGUGGUAAAAGUGGUCUCAGCACGGGUAGGAGAUCGGCCACUGCUACUUGGAGGCUUGAUUCUCAUAUUUGCGGGUUUUUUUAUCUUGUUGCCAUGGGGAAAUCAAUAUCCUAAAAUACAGUGGGCAGACAUUCAGAAUAACACUAUGCCAGCAAUACGACUGGCACCCACUCCACCCUCAAACACUUCUCUGGAGCCCACUGGAUGCCCAUACGAACAGGCCUGGUGCUUGUUUACCCCUGUAAUUCACCUGGCACAGUACAUUACCUCUGACAUCCUGAUUGGAGUGGGUUAUCCCACAUGCAACGUAAUGUCCUACACUUUAUACUCAAAGAUACUAGGCCCCAAACCACAGGGGGUUUACAUGGGCUGGCUGACAGCAUCAGGAAGUGGUGCGCGGACCCUCGGGCCUGUGUUUGUCUCUCACGUCUACACCAUCCUGGGACCCCGAUGGGCCUUCACUGUCAUAUGUGGCAUAGUACUAGCUGCAAUCGUUCUCCUCAGUGCUAUGUACAAACGACUUGUCGCCUUCUCCAUACGCCACGGAAGGAUAUAAGACGAAUGUCAUGACUGACAGGUGCCUCCACCAACUACUAAAGGACAGUUUACAGAAGUGGGCCUGACUUAAAGAUGGAAAACUUUAUGAAUGUUUUUUUUUUUAUAGAUAACUGUAUAAAUUGUGGAGCUUUUCAAGCAUAAUCAUGAUUCUGAAGAGGCUUAAGUAGUUGUAAAUGUAAAUAUCUUUAUAUCUUCUAUAUGUUGAACUACAAUUUUCCUCGUUAACUAAACUGUGAAUUUAACCACUAUUGUAGCAGCAUGACAUGGAUUGACACCAUAUAAAAUCGAACAGUGGCAGACUCUAAAAAGUCCCAUGUUAACCGCAGUAUUAAUGCUUGGCAGCUCAAUGGGUUACGAAGCAUCGCAGAUUAUGAGGCAUUAUGGAUUAUGAUUGUUUCGGUUUUAGUAAUCUAUUUUAAUAACUUGAAUUUCUGGCAUUGUAAAGCAUUAAUAACUAUGUCAGGUGAUUUAUUUAAAUCUGCAUUAAUGGGACAGGCUUGAAACCGAUGUUGAAAGUUUCUUUCUUUUUAAUAACACUAAGCUUAAAACUAGGUGCUGAGCAUCACUUGACUUUGGCUGCAUCCAUAAUCACAGGUGAUUAUCAACUACAAGACUACUGUAUUUUAAAUUCAUGCCAAAUGCUUUUGUUUUGUUUGCGUUAAAGCACAUAAAUUCAAAAGCCCAGAAUUUCUUGAGAACUGGCAAUAAAUUGUUCCUUUAAUGUUUUUAAAAAAAGUGAAGUAUGACAUGCUUUCCAGCUGCUUUGUUCCCGUUUCUACAUUAAAAAUGAUAUAUUUAACAAGAAAUCUGUGUCAUUUUUUAAAAAUACUAAAAUGGGUU